AACACACACAUGAGCUAGCUUGGGACAACUUUAUUUCCUUACCUUUUAUUUAACUUGUUUUACACAUUAAGUAAGGAUAAUUUUGCAUUUUCUCUGAUGUGUUUUGACGGAUUUUUCCCGCGAAAUUCGAGCGCCUUUUGCUGCUAACUUAGAAAAUCUUUUGCUUUUGUACCCAGAAAUUCUACUUUUGGGGUCCUGGGGAACAGUAGCAAAUGGGGGCCUCGGUCAAAUAUUCUAUGGAAAACUGCAAAUUGUACACUAUUUUUGGGAAUUUCUGGUCCCCGGGUGAAAGUGAUCUACUUCUCAAGUAAUUCCACUUUUUCCGGAAAUUUUCCAGUGGGAGUAAUCUGUACCAUUUACAAAAUAACCAGAAGUACCGGAAUUUUCGAUUAAAUGGUAAACAACCAAGAUAACGGGAAUUCCAAGUAUUGCAGGAGAAAACAAGCGGGAUUCGAGAGGGAAACGUCGUACGGUUACGGGAUUUAUGGAGAAAAAAAUUCACGCAGAAAAAUUCUACUUUUGGGGUCCUGGGGAACAGUAGCAAAUGGGGGCCUCGGUCAAAUAUUCUAUGGAAAACUGCAAAUUGUACACUAUUUUUGGGAAUUUCUGGUCCCCGGGUGAAAGUGAUCUACUUCUCAAGUAAUUCCACUUUUUCCGGAAAUUUUCCAGUGGGAGUAAUCUGUACCAUUUACAAAAUAACCAGAAGUACCGGAAUUUUCGAUUAAAUGGUAAACAACCAAGAUAACGGGAAUUCCAAGUAUUGCAGGAGAAAACAAGCGGGAUUCGAGAGGGAAACGUCGUACGGUUACGGGAUUUAUGGAGAAAAAAAUUCACGCAGAGAUUUAGCGAUUUGCAAAUGAUGGCCAAACCAACAAAGAUGGCGCAAUCCAAGGUGUCGCUAAUUUCUGCGCUUGACCCAAAUUUUCGUUCGUAUCCACUUCAUUGUUUUUGGAAAAUUCAGAAAGCGUGACGAACUUUAAUCAAUCCACUCGUGGGACUCGUGGCAAUCUUAACAGUCUACAAAAAUAUGUUCCUGAUUGACAUAUUAACGCUUUUAUUAGUAUACCAUCGAUGCAAUUGGUUACAUGUAAGACAAAUGCAGAUUUGAAAACACACUUUAAGGGAGAUUUCACCUUAGUGCUAAUUGAAAAAUAUUUCUGAGAGUAAGGUCGUUAGCCAUGGUGAUUUUGGGGAGGAUCUUUCCUUUGAAAGACCGGUAACACCAGAUGAAUCAUUGAAUUACUAGUGGUGGUUUAACAGGUGUGGAACAGGUAGAAAAUGGCUACCCAUCGGGACUUCUGAUCCUGGAUUGAAGGUUUCGGAGUCUCUUAGAGGAGGAGGAACUGAUAUAUCAUUGAUUAGAUGAUGAUACCGCGCGCGCUAAGACGUAACAAUUGCUUUUGAUUUCGAGGUGACAAAGCGCCUUGAUCCAAAAAGUGUGUUUUUUCUGUACGAAGACAUAAUAUGACAAGUAAAACAGGAGACAAAUCUAUGUACGCUUACACCUUGCUAGAUGAUUCUGCUGCGUUACCAGAUCCAGGAGAGGAUAGCUGUGGUGUCCUCACCGUCGAGCCGACGGGAAACGGUGUUCUUGUCGAAGAUGUCGAUCCCAUUGAUCAAUCCAAACUUACUUCCUCUUGUGAGACCUUCUGGAAUAUAUGUAACACCAUCCAAGGUCUACCUAUCCUGGCUAUCCCAUACGCUGUGAGGAACGGAGGCUACGUAGCAAUCUGUGCACUGAUGGUAAUCGCAAUCGCGUCCAACUACACCGCUCAAACGAUUGUCAGUUGUCUUUACGAGAGACCAGCGCCAGGAGAUAAGAGUGGCAAGAGGAAACGCGUUCGGGAAUCAUUUGUGGAUAUCGGGCGUGCGUUUAGCCCGAAAUUUGGCCACCAUCUUGUGCUUGUCACUGAGAUCGCUCAGCUUCUUUUUCUGGCCGCAGUGUAUCCUCGAAUGGUAGGAAGGAUGUUGGCAAAGUCCUUUCCCUCCACGGAUAUAUCAUGCAUGCUUUGGACACUUUUUGGUGGCAUCGCGUUUAUUCCCAACAUCUUCUUACAAAACCUUUCCCAAGUAGCAUGGACAAGCAUUAUAACUGUGCUUUCUGCUAAAGUUAUUUUUAUUGCCGUGUUCACAUACAGCGCAAUGCAGUACCAAAUGUGGGAACUAGCUUCGCUGGAUAACUUUGAGAUUCACACUUUUCCCUCCGCGCUUGGGAUUCUGGUCGCGAGUUAUCUUUCUCAGCCGUUCGUCCCAGUGAUUGAAGGGAGCAUGCGCAAGAAGGAACACUUUAAUCUCCUCAUGAACAUCGCCUACACGAGUAUGACUGUGUUGAAUAUAAUCAUCGGUGUGGUGGCGUAUAUUUCAUUCAGGCCUAAUACCGCUGAAGUCAUCACCAAUAGCCUGCCUGAGGGCUCAUUCAGACGUACAAUUAACGUCAUGGCCUCACUUCUAGUCUUCACUUCUUACACCUUACCUAUGUUCACCAUCUUUGACAUUAUACAAAACGCUAAGUUGCCCUGUAUCAGACAUAACUUUGGCGCUAGCGUUCGUGACCCGGAUGUAGUUGCAUUUCGAUUCUCGCUUGUCAGCGCGAGCAUCGCCAUGGCCGCGUUGGUUCCACGAUUCACCUACAUGCUCGCACUGGUCGGUAGCAUUGCGGGCAUCAGUCUUGAGUUUAUUUUCCCUUCGCUAUUCCACGUCAAGAUUUAUUUCAGUUCGCUGUCAUGGUGGGAGAUUGCUGUUGAUGUGUCUGUGCUAUCUUUAGGCUUGUUUUUCCUAAGCACGGGGACUUACUUUUCGAUGCGUUCUAUAGUAACAUCUAAGUGCUGCUCCAACCCAGCCGAUCCUUGUUAUUAAAGACUCUGGAUUAUAAUGUUUUUCUGCCACAAAAAAAUAACAAUGCAAAUGAGAUGUAGUUUUCAACAUAACAAACCUAAGUCCAUUUGGAUCUCUCUGAAAUUUACUCCUUAACCCCUCCCCUUCCAUUCAGUACUUUUGGGGCCAUGGUAACAGCAAGUUUGUUUACAGUUAAACUAUCGUGAUUCAUAGCAUGAUAAAAUAGGUUUAUCUAUUAGGUUUAUUUAUAUAUAUGGACCCCGCUGCUGUGUACAUUACCUGUGGCACGUCUGUCUGAAACAUGUUCCAUAAAAAUGUACUAUUUUUUUAUUACCCUAUAGGUCUAUCGCAAUUGCUUAAAAAAAUAUCCAAAACCGUUUGAGGAUACGUGAUAGUGUCCUCUGUACUACAGUUUGCUAUAGGCGGCACCUUUUAUCCAACCUUGGCAAAUGAGUCAGCAAAAAUACAGUCAUUUUUGUUCGAACAGAGUACAAAGGGGCUUAGUUAAAGUAAUCGCAUACUCGAGAAAUACACGUUUUUUUCUGUCGUUAGCUAAUGUAUUCAGCAGUUUUAAAGCUUCGACCAGCAAUACUGCGUCAUCUCGUUAAACCUUUUAACAAGAAAUAUAGGUAUGUUAUAAAGUGGGCGUCUAUAAGUGGCACUUGGAGCUGAGGUAUACCACAGGCAGAGCGUCACUCAAUACAGGUACCUGCAUGACGUGAUAUCGAAUGGCUGGUGGAGUGCGCUGAUUGGUCGAAAAGAACAAACAGACAAAUGGAAACCUGUUGAGUGCUGGCAAUACCGCUACUGAUGCCUCGCACCUGUUAGGUUUCGCGCGUGCGCAAGCGAACGCUUCUCGCUUUACCGGCUUUUGGCUUUCCUCCUUUUUAAGGGAGGCUUGCCCUACAGCAUCGUAGAGAAAGGGAGUGAAAGUAUACCAAGAGGAAGGAGAAUAUUCUAUGCACAAACCUCGCUGAGAGCCAGAGAAGGACAGUGGGUCUUGUCAGACCUGGAAUUUAUACGCUUGUUCAGGAACGUAUGUUUUUGGAGCAAUGCAUCGAAACAAAAA